AUGAAAGCGGUUGGAUGACUGCUGAUAAUUUCGUAAAUUGUCUAGAUCACUUCAUAAAACACACAAAAUCUUCGAAAGAAAACAAAUGCAUAUUGGUCCUUGACAAUCACGAGAGCCAUAUUUCACCCAAAGCCUUAGAAAAAUGUAAGUUAAAUGACAUGCAUUUAUUAACCUUACCACCUCACACAAGCCACCAAUUACAGCCACUAGACGUAUCGGUAUUUGGUCCGUUGAAGAGGUAUUAUAAUGAACAUCAUCCAGGACAAACAAUUUCAUUUGAAAAAUGUACCGGAAUUAGUUGGAUUAGCUUAUGUCAGGGAGUUCACACCUUCAAAUAUUCUCAACAACUGGAAUCCAUCCUUUCAACCAACAUUUAUUUGAAGAUCUCGAUUUCGCAGGAGCAGAAGUUACAAAUAGACCAAAUCAGGAAUUAGAGUAAAAUUCUGAAAAAGAACUUGUUAGAAAUGACCCAAUAGCUCAACCUGGCACAUCCAUAUCUGAGCAGGAGUCAAC